AUGCGUUCCGCUCUUUUAGCCACCGCUGCCUUGCCCCUUGCGGCUCGGGCUGUCGACUCUCCCAUCAACCUCGCCGUUGUUGAUGAUAACCGUGCAGUUCAACUGCCAGGUAUUCUCAAGUACCCCGUCACCGCUGUUCAGGGUUCAUCUGGGCUCUUGAGACGACAGGAGGGCGAGGACCUUCCCUCCCAGUCACAAGGUCUGUACUACACCAUCGGACUCGAUAUCGGUACACCCGGAAACACCGUCGACGUGGUGUUUGACACCGGUUCUUGGGAGCUUUGGGUCAACCCUAACUGUGCUCGGGCUGAUAACCCGACCGCCUGCUCCAAGUUUGGGCGACUCACUGCAUCAAGCUCCCUCAAGAACCUUGGCGAGACCGCUAAACUCACCUACGGAAGGGGUUACGCCGACAUUGGAUACUACAGCGACUCUGUCAAGGUUGGAGAUGCCAAGUUGAAGGACCAAAUCUUUGGUAUCGCCAGCGACAGCCAGUAUAUUAACAGUGGUAUCCUGGGUACUGGUCCCAUCUUGGGCGGCAUCAACAACGACGACCGCUUCGUUGUCAACUCUCUCCACAAGCAAGGUUUCACCAAGAGCAUCGCCUUUGGUGUCGAUCUUCAGGGUAUUGCGUCUGCUCGUGGCAGUGUCGUCUUUGGUGGUGUUGACUUGAAGAAGUUCCGUGGUAGUCUGCACGCCUCGCCCAUUCUCGAGCCUGCUGCUGCCCCUGAUGGCAAUGCUCGCUACUGGAUCAACCUCGACGGCAUCUCGCAGACCGUCCAGGGCAAGACUUCCACUCUCGUUGGCGAGACUCUCCCCGUCUUCCUCGAUACCGGCUCCACGCUUUCUUACUUCCCCGCCAACGUUGUCCAGCAGCUUCUCAAGGGAUUCCCUGGUGCCAAGCGUGACGCCAACGGCAACUACCUUGCCGACUGCUCCUUGAGAAACCAGGAUGCCUCUGUUGAUUUCAAGUUUGGUAACACUGUCAUCAGGGCUGCCUACAAAGACUUCAUCUACGCUUUCAAUGCCAACACCUGUGCGCUCGGUUUCACUGAGGAAGCCCAGAAGAUGUACAUCCUGGGAGACAGCUUCCUCCGCUCUGCCUACGUUGUCUUUGAUCAGACCAACAAGGAGCUCGCCAUCGCUCAGGCCGACGACUGCGGUACUCACCUGGUUGCUAUCGGCCCUGGUCCUGCUGGUCCUCUUGUUGGAGAGUGUGGCAAGCCUCCUGUCACCUCAACCACCACUACCACCUCUCAGACUUCCACCAAGACGUCUUCUACCGAGAAGCCUACGUCCACCAAGACCACCGAGACUGAGACCAAGACCAAGACCAAGACUUCUUCUACCGGAACUGCCACCAAGACUCACUCUGUGACCAGCUCAACGGGAACUGCUAGCCAGCCUACCGUCACGUCCAGCACCCACUGGGGCAACACCACCACCGCUGCGCCAACUUACACCUCGACCUUCACCACCACCAAGGUCUACACCAUCACAUCUUGCCCUCCCACCGUGACCAAGUGCCCUGUUGGCCACGUCACCACCGAGAUUGUCACGUCUCUCACCACCUGGUGCCCCGGUGAGACGGCCAAGCCCACCGUGACCACCACCGUCUCUGUUCCCGGCUGCCCUGGUGGCCACCACUGCCCUCCCACUCCUCCUGAGAGUUCCCAGGCUCCUGGAUGCCCCGGUGGCGAGAACUGCCCUCCUCCCGAGGUGAGCACCGCUGUCCCUGCACCAACCACCGAGGUUGUCAUCCCUACCGAGACUGGUGCCAACCCUUGCCCUGGCUGCAACAUUCCUACCAGCGGUGUCGCCAGCCCAACCGGCGGCUUGACUACCGUUGUUGUUCCUACCGAGAGCGCUCCCGGUAGCCAGCCUACUACUCCUGUCACUGCCGGAGCUGCUCGCGUUGGCGCCGGUGCUCUCGUCUUCGUUGUCGCUGCCGUGGCUAUGCUGUAA